AUGAGUGCGCCCUUGGAUUCCCCAGCGGCCAUUCAUGGCGCGCUGUACAAUCACCUGGUGCUGCCCGCGAAACUCCCCCAGCAUCGGGACCUCGAUCAGCAGAUUCCUCUCGUCGAGAAGACUCUCUGCCGACGGAUGGCCGUCGCCGCCAGAAUCAUGUCGGCCCUGCCGGACAACACCAAUACCUGUCGCGAAACCUGGGAAACCGUCCGCCAGACCGUAGUCGCGUGUCAGCGGCUUUACCAAGGUGGUCGCAUCGACAAGGUCAGCUUGCUACGCGAGCUCCAGCAGCUGGGUCCGUCCGGCUUCAUCGUGUUGCACAUCGAAACCCAGAAUGCCGGUCUCAUUAUUCGAAGAACCCAAGAUCCCGUUUUCAACGACAGUGUUGUCUUCGAGGCAUUCGAAGCCUCUGCCAAGAACGAGAGUGUCCUCGCAGCCAAAGGUGCCCUGAUCUGGGACUUUCCCGGCAUCGCUGUCGCUAUCCCAUACACCACCUUCAAUGACCAAGACUUCCAGCUGGGGCUCGCCAACUUCAUCGAACAGGCAUCCCUUGAAACUGUCAAGGACUUCGCUGCCUACGCGUUCAAGGCUGGCACUACCGUCUUCGAGUAUCGUAACACCGGCGACCCUUCCAUCAUCUCCUCCCUCCUCAUGGCCAUUCUGGAAGAGAAUGGUCGAAGAGUCGCCCCUGUCUUGUUGCGGAAGCGGGUUCGCGACGAUGUCUGCUGGAACCGCGCCAAGAAGCCCUGGCGCCGGCUGCCUUACUACCUCGUCCUUCGCGUCGCCAUUCAGAGGUAUCUCACCAUCGCCCUCGACCACGAACAAGGCCGAUCGGAGUACAAAUUCUUCAUCUCCGUCCUCCUGGCAACCUUUCUCGAUGACAGUCCCACCCACCACAUCGGCAUGGAGCAAACUCACUUUCUCAAGAAGAAGAUCUGUCGUCGCCUGGUCAAGCUUGACUUGGACAAAGACCGCUGUCGAGACCAAGACGCUGUUGCGCGUUAUAAUCAUCUCUUCAACUCUCUUGGCCCCAAGUUUGACAAAUCCAUCAGCAGAUGCUCGGUUCUCCUCGAGCACGCCCUUAAACAAGAAAGAUUGGCACUGGUGAAGCACAUCCCCGUCCUUCCAAGAAAGGCUUGUGAGCAGGACCUUAUCCUCAGCUUGCGAGUCAGCAAUGGAUAUAUCAAGAAUGCCAUCCAGAGCUUUAGAUUCCCCAAGAACAAGCGCUAUCAACUACUCCCGAACGAAGGUCCUGCUGAGGCCGCCAAGGACCACCUCAGUCAAUAUGCUCGCAACUACCAUAAGUUGAUCGACAAGGAGAUGAAACUGAUCGCAUCCGUGCCCAAAACCUGCUCUGAAGUAUCGCGCCAAAUCUUCGACUAUGUCCAGACUGCUCUCCCGAUGUACGAAGACAAUCCGGAGCAGAAGAGCCUGAUGCUGUUGACCGUCAUGGAGCUUUGGAAGAAGAUGGAUUCUAUUGCCUGCGAAUCUUUCCCUCUUUUGUCAGAGUUCCACCCGGUAUUCCACCCCCAGAUGCUCGACGUUCUACUCUUCCCUCAGUUCUCAGACAUGGCACGUCUUGCAUCGCUUCAGACCUUUUUGUCGUAUCGCAUUACGAGGGCUGAUACUGUUCAACGAAACAUUUUUGAAGAUCCAUCCGCUGGUUGCUUCGCUGAACGAUACUACAGGGAAUCUCCUGACGCUCCCAGCUUGAAAUUCAUUCACGAUUCUAUUGUUACGUUUGCAAACGAGAUGCGGGAACGCAAAGAGGCGGAGUGGAAGAGAAAGACUCGCGAGUAUGAUGAGCUCAUCAGCCGAAUCGACACCAGUACUUGCAUGUACAUUGUCGACGAGGAUAACAUUCACGGACGCGAACGGCACGACCCUAACUGCCACCGUUGCUCAAUGAUGUGGAACGCCCAGAGCAUGCGCAUCUCCAUCUUCGAAGAGCCGCUGCCGGUAGACCCGAUUGUCGCCAGAUCCAUUGUCUUCGAGUUGGCCUGCCCGCAAGAAUUCGCCAUCUAUCGGGACACGACCUGGUGGCUUCUUCGACACCUGGCUACUCACUUCAACGAUGAGGGGGCCAAUCCACGAUGUUUUCUGAGAGACUACGUGCAGUUGAAGACGUUUUCCAAACAGAGCCACGGAAAGGUCGGUCUCGCUUCCACGACCAAGCCUUUUCAAACAACUCACUACAUCUCCGUACCUUUUCCAGUCGAGUGGGAUGGCGGACGAGACGGCGUGUGCAGACCAAACGCGCUGAAGCUCGGCUACUUCGACGAACGCACCUCGACAUGGCCCGGACGAACCAGGUUCCGACCCUCUUUCGCUCAUCACACUGCCUUGGUCUUGCCGAACAAUUCUCCUUGGAAGAAAGUCCUGGAAACCAAAGCCUGUGCCCUUGACGGACCGGGGCCUUCCUCGUACGAGAUCAUGGCCAGUCAGUCCAGUUGCCCUGCCGGAAUCAACAACCACGAGUACCUGGCCAUGCAGACCCUCAUGACGGGAAAGAAACAGCGCUGGAUUGUGCUGCUUGCGGAACUCGGCUCGACAAACUUGAAUUUCUCGAGCGAAGUCACCCUGCUAGUCGUGUCUCAUCUGGCCCUUCAGAGUGGACCGCGGGACGAAAAGGGAGAUGUUCUCCGCACAAUUCACAACGUCUUCCGGGAUGAUCACUUCUGCGACCGCUUCGUCGACCAGUUAUGCGCGAGGCUCGAGAGUCUACAAGCAAACUGGAGAGAGACAUACCUGAUGGAUGUGGUCAUUACGCUUCUUCUGCGAACGCAUGCGCUUACAGCUACCAACCGGGACGUCUCGUCCAAGGCUUUCGAAGCUAUCUUACGAGCUCGCAAGAUUUGCGUCCGUUGGGUUGAGAUGCUUCGGGCAGAAACCUUCAAAGCGAGUGACGUUGAGAUGUCGCGCCGAUGCCAGCAAUACGCCCUCUGGGCAGCGAUUCUCUGCAAGAGAACGUUCGUCAUUCACGCCAACCAGUCUGCCCAUCUAGAUGACACGGCGCUCCAGGCAUACAUUGAGUGCUGCAUCACUCUCCAGGACAACCUGGUAGUUGAGGUUGGAGCGCUCCCUCAAGUUCUUCGACAUGCAGUAAUCUCUGACAUGAAGCUUUCCUACCGCUUGUCAUCGCUGGUUCGGAAGUCCAUUGUAAGCUCUUCGGAUACUUUCAGAAAGGCAAUCAUGGCCGUAUGGCCUGAAGCAGAUGGUCGCUCUCGACAGAUCUCAGCCCUCCGUGCGGAUAAAGAUGCCUGGGUCGUGUGCGAGUCCCACGGUCACGAUGGCUGGAAUGCGUCAAUCCAAGUAGUACAGUACAACUGUUCUACGGGGCUGCUUCUCGUCGACAGCCGCCCUCUUGGAAAACUCCCAAAGCCGCCCGAACACACCGCCGUUCUCUCUGAGCUCUUUGGAGACCAAGCUCUGCUGACACGUCCUUCCGACAUGCCAGGCAUGGACUAUACCUUGACCGUGAAGCCCAAAGGUUACCGAAUCGAUGUCGGCUACGAUUCUGGCUCCAUCGUCAUCCGCGCCAUCAAGGGUCAACAGUGGCUGCAAUUUAUCCAGAGAAAUGUGUUCCGCUCUGAGACCUCCUGGGAUUUUCCUGGUCCCCUUCUUGACGGUUGUUUGCACUGGCUGGAUCUUCGCACUGGCAAAGUGUUCAUUUCGUAUGCUGCCGACAUCUGGAAUAUCAGCCAUCGAAAUUGGACCAUAAACACCCACCAGAGAACCUGUUCUCGCCCAGGCAAUUUUGGUAACGACAGAAUUGUCGACACCUACAGCCCGCUGUUCAACCGCGUCGCAAGAAUCUUCCAAGGCUUUGAGACACGACCGAACUUGCUUGUGUUCCAACCGCCAUCGAGACACCUCCAGGUUGAGAUCAAACGGUUGCAGCUCUUGUUCCAUGUCAACCAACGCCAACUUCUCGAGUCACCCCAGCUGGGAUCCGAGAUCGACCUAGACCAGGACGUUGGGACCUGGUAUGGCCUCGAGAGCAAGUUGGUUUUUCGAAACCCCCGUGACCCGCAACAGAGAAGCAUUCUGGUGCCUAUGGGACCUCUGGAAACAAAGCGAGAAAGAGACAACUUGGUCGUGCGUAUCACUCCCAAUGGCGACUACGCAAAGUUUGUCAUCAACAAGCACUUGGGGCGCAUCGAGUCCACUCCUGAGCAGCUGCUUCUGUACAUGAAAGCGCAACUCCAUGCAUACACGUCAUCCAUCUUUCCUGAUCCGUUGACAGGACGAACUGGCACCGAGGAGGCCUUGCAGUGGCUAUCUUCUGGAGCCUGCCAGCCCUGGUCGCCCUUGCGUGUCGGUUCGACGAAAGUUCUCGCCAGGAUCGCUCAGCUGACUCCAAGUCACGAGUAUUACCCAGCGGACUUGAAGGUCAUGAAGACAGAUCAUUGGACCGAAAACCUGACCGAGAGUGUGCAGCACGAGAGAUUCCGUCCACUCGUCGAGCAGAUUAUGGCCAUCUCGGCAGAGUUACAGACCUUUGCACUCCUCGAUGUGGACUCUGGCUUGCUGCCGCCCGCAGGCGACUUGCAUCUCCAUGACCGUGCCCGGCUCCGGAGACAGAUCUCAGAGCGUUCUUUUGACAAUAAAGCCGAGCAGCCGGCCAGCAUUGACCAGAAAUACUUAGCUCGAGACUGCGUCAAACCCGCGAACACCCGUCAUUCUCAGGUUCUCGAAAUUGUUCAUAUGUUGCGGACCUGGCCAAAGAACCUGACAACGACCAGCAGCUUGGCCCAGAAACUUGCUCAGAGCAACCUGAUUGGGGGCAAAGCAGAUGUCUUUGACAAGGUGUCACUCAACGACCGUCUGAGCCUUGACAUCGCACCGAGUUGGGGACCUCUGGUUCGGUCCUGUCAAGAGCAGCAGAGUGUCUUUGCCCUCAUGUUCAUGCUGGCACCUAUCUCAUACGGAUCCAAAUCUGACGUGGAGCUUGUCAGGACCCUCGCCUCAUUCUCAAUCCUGGAAGAGCUCAAGGCAAUCGAGCUUCCCCCCUGGGCUGAAUACGACAACUUCCAGCCAAACCAAGUCCCCAAGAUCGACUAUUUGGCGAAGAUGAUUGCGCCGUUCAAAAUACCUGCACCGAAACACGAUGGAGACGAAAUCCAGAUGUUUGCCAGCGCGAAGCAGCUGCGGCGAAUGAGAGAGGAAAAGGCAGCUUGGGAGCAGCGAGCGGAUGCCGAUUGCAAGUACCUGACCGACUUCUUCCUUUUGCAAUGGCCUUGUGUCGAGCCAGGCGUUAGCGAGUUGUCCAAGUCUCUUUUGGUUGACGUUCAAGGUGCUACGAGCGCUAUCCGGCCGGAGUGGAAACGCCUUUACCAGAACAUGGACCUCUCAAUGCAUCUCGACGCCGUCCAGGCUGUGCUGAACAGACACCAAUCCGACUCCAAGUACGAGCCCCCAUAUUUCAUCCCAUCGGAUGAAGUCUUCCAACAGCGUUUACGCGGCGGAGAAGUGCCUUCUUUGCGAUUUGACCUGUUGAAGAAGAGCUUCGACGCCAUCGACACCGGAACUGCGACGCAACUGCAGCCCGCUUCGGCCACAGCUCCGGCCCCUGCCGCUGCCAAGGCGGGACCGUCGUCGGCCAUAUCCCGUCACCCGGCCCACAUUCAUCAGCCCAUCAAGCUGCCGUACUCGCAAACCCGGAGCUCCGGCACAAACGUUCUUGCGCCCAGCUGGAUGUCCUCCAAAACGGCGCUGGUUCCCUCUAACGCUGCAGCCGCCGAGCUGAAGCAGAUCGUGUCGGAACUUGCAAAUUCCAAGUCGAUGGUGCGCCAGAAGUACGGAGAAGACUUGCAACGAAGCCUGGAGGCCUUUGUCGCACGCAAGACUCCCAAGGGCCCAAGCCGCAAUCACUCGCCAGCCUUCGUCGCCAGAGAGAUCUCCCUCUCGAUGCUGUCAAUUGAUCGCCGCUUCCAGACCAUCCAAAGGGGACUUGAGAUGGCGGACGAGCAGAUUUCGGCCCGGCGGGUUCGUUUGCUCAAGGCAGGGCAGCUUUGGCCGGCGGUGACAACGGUCACCCUACUUGAGCAGCUUCGAUCAACAGAGACUUCAGUGCUGUUUGGUAAAUGUGUCCGGGAACAUUUGAUUGACUUCGGCCUCGCCAUCACAAGCACGCAGCGAGAUUUGCGCAUCAACCACGCCGUCAUGCGCGGCGACGCUGGCAGAUACUUGGAGGAAAUGGCGAACCAAGGGCACUCCAACUGGAAUCCAUCUGUGCAUCCCGACUGGCUACUUCUCGAGAUUGAGGCAAACCUGAUGAUUCGGCCCGAUCAGGUUGACGUGGCGCUUGCUACCAUUUCUCCCGCCUCUGGGGCCAACUCCGUUCUGCAGAUGAACAUGGGACAAGGUAAAACUUCUUGCAUCAUCCCCAUGGUAGCGGCCUCCCUUGCGAACCGUCAGAACUUGGUUCGAGUCGUCGUUCCGAAGGCCCUCUUGCUGCAAACGGCUGAGCUUCUCCAAGCAAGACUCGGCGGCCUACUUGAUCGACAAGUCCGCCACAUCCCGUUUUCUCGCCGAACGCCCACGCAAGAGAAUGUCAUUCGAGCGUACCACAGAGUCCAUCGCACGAUGAUGAAGCAGGCAGGCGUCAUGGUCUGCCAACCGGAACACAACCUGUCCUUCAUGCUGAGCGGCUUGCAGCGUCUUCUCGAUGAUCGAAUGCCUGAAGCGGGACCCAUGAUCAACGUCCAAUCCUGGCUGCGCUCGCGUUGCCGCGACAUCCUGGACGAGUCCGACUACACUUUGGCCGUACGCACUCAGCUCAUCUACCCUUCCGGCUCUCAGAUGACUGUUGAUGGACACCCUCACCGUUGGCAGGUUGCCCAAGGCCUUUUGGUUCUCAUCGACCACCAUUGCCACAACCUGGCUUACAUGUUCCCUCACUCAAUCGAGGUGGUGAGACGGCCCAGCGGCGGCUUUCCGCUCUUAUUCUUCCUGCGAUCGGAUGUAGAGGAGGAACUUGUCCGACGCCUCACCGCAGACAUACUUGGAGGAGAAAAGGGGAUUCUCCCCAUGCAGAACCUCGAGCCCGCCGAGCGUCUUGCCGUUAGGGACUUCCUUGUCAACGAAAGACCACGCGAUGCUACCCUGCAACGCAUUCGACAUCUUUGCCCCGACCGGCCCAGCGUGAGACAGACUGUCUACCUGCUCCGGGGUGUGCUGGUGAACCGCAUCCUGAUGAUGACGCUGAAGAAGAGAUGGAACGUACAGUACGGUCUACACCCGCUCAGGGAUCCAAUUGCGGUUCCUUACCAUGCAAAGGGUGUCCCUAGCGAGCAGUCAGAAUGGGGACAUCCCGACGUCGCGAUCCUGUUUACCUGUCUGGCCUUUUACUACGACGGAAUCAGCGUCGCCCAGCUUACCCAGUCGCUCGAGCAUUUGUUCAAGUCGGACGACCCCUCAUCCGAGUAUGAAAGUUGGGCUAGGACCAGCCAAGACUUUCCUGAGUCUCUCCGAGCUUGGAACUCGAUCAAUGUCGACGACAGUCUGCAGCUUGCCGAGAUUUGGAAGUCUCUUCGAUACAACGUCAUGGCCAUCGACUACUUCAUGAACAACUUUGUCUUCCCGCAGCACGCGAAGCAGUUCAAGAUCAAGCUUCAAUCCAAUGGCUGGGACAUUCCGCUCUUCUCCGUUGGUGGGGACGAUCAGUCGGCCGGUAGCAAGGGUGGUGGUCAAGUUCCUGGUAGCAGCGGCUGUUCAUCCUCGCCUGCGCUGACAACUGGAUUCAGUGGCACCAACGAUAACCGGACCAUGCUGCCCUUGACCAUCAAGCAAGAAGACCUCAGUGGACUUUCACACACCAACGCCGAGGUUCUGACAUACCUUCUCCACGAACGAUCCCGCGAGUGCCACAAAAUCGUUGGCUUCCGUGGCGCGAGAGCAUCCGAGUCAGACCUGUUGCAUGAGCUCAAGAGACGCGACAUCAAGAUCCUCAUUGACGCGGGGGCUCAGAUCUUGGAAAUGGACAACGAGGCUCUAGUAAGGCAGUGGUUGAUCGUGGACCAUUCGGCCCCCGCAGCCGUGUUCUUUGACAAAGGCAACAAGCCAAUAGUUAUCCAGAGAAUGGGAAGAAAGACGCCCCUUCUAGCCUCGCCGUUCGCGGACGAUCUGAGCAAAUGUUUGGUGUACUUGGACGAGGCUCAUACCAGAGGAACCGAUCUGAAGUUCCCUCCAACAGCUCGAGGCGCUCUCACACUCGGGCUGGGACAAAGCAAAGACCACACGGUUCAGGCCGCGAUGCGACUCAGACAGCUGGGCACGACCCAAUCUGUUACCUUCUUUGCUCCUCCCGAAGUCUACCAGAGCAUUAUUGACCUUCAGAUGAAGCCACUCGGGGCCCAGGUCGACUCGCGUGAUGUAAUCUCGUGGCUGCUCGACAACACGUGUGAGGGAAUCGAACAGCUUCAGCCCCUUUACUACUCGCAGGGCAUCGACUUUUGCCGACGGAUGCAAGCCGCGAUCGACAACCCAGACUUCAUCAAGGACAGCUACCAGCGAGACAACUUCAUCGCCACCGUGAAGCAGGAUGAGCAAUACAGCCUUCAACAGCUCUACGAGCCCAAACGCAAGAUAAAAGGCACGGGCGAGCUUCGAUCAGGCUCGGACAGCAAGAUCAGGGCCUUUAUCAAGGAGCUCAACACAAGACGCAAAGCCUUCCAGGACAAUGGACGGGCGGUACACGCGUCCGCGCUGCAGGAGGUCGAGCAAGAGCGCGAGGUGGCAUUCGAGGUCGAGACCGUCCGCCAGGUCAAGAGACCUCAUCACUACCCUGCACUCUCGUUUCCUGGCUUGCAUGCGGAACUCGAGUCCUUUGCCAGAACCGGUAGAAUGCCCGCCAGUGCCGUCAACUUUAUCCCUGCCACCAAGUCCAUAUCCAAAACGGCCAUCGGCAAGAAGUUCAAGGUCUCGGACAAGUCAUCGCAGAACAAGCUGUUCGUGUCCGGCGAGUUUGAGCGGACCAUUAAGCUGAGCUUUGACUUGACAAGUGACAAUUUCCUGCGCAACGUGAACUGGAUUCUGUGGAGUCCCGUCACCGAGAUCGCCUUGGUCAUUGUGCCCGAAGAGGCCGAGGUGCUUCUGUCCACCAUGCGGAAUCGCUUUUACACCGUCGCGACGAACUUGAUUGUGUACUCGGCGCCCGUCACCCGGAAGAUGCUCCACUUCAGUGACCUGAAUUUCUACAGCAUCCCGGCUCUUCCAUCGGAGUGGAGAGCGCCCGCCUGGCUGAAGAUCGAGCUGGGCCUGUACGCCGGCCGGCUGUACUUUGAAUGGCCCGAAUACGACCAGCUGUGCGACUUCCUUGGCAUUGAUCAAUCGUUGCCGAUGUUGGAAUACUUGGAGGAGAGUUCCGAUAGUGAUUCGGCAGACGUACAAAACCACAAAGAGACCAAGUCGACCUCCAUCGGUCUCACCGCCCGGCCUCUUUCUUUUGUACAGGAGUGGCUUGCGGCUCGUCGAAGAGGCCAGGACUUUGUGUCCACGCCCAUGGGGUUCAUCGCACAGGGCAAGGUUCUGCAGGAGAGCCACCCUUUUUUCCGCCAGGCCAAGACGGCAAAGUGCGAUCUCCUCUUCGCACCGACUCACAACACGGCGAAUGACCAGGCGAACGAAGAUGAGUAUGCGGUUGCAGACUACGGCGUCGACGACAUGGGCGCCAACGAGGAGGCCGACAGCGAUGCCCACGAGGACGAGAUUGAGUACAACGAUUCCGAGUACGAUGAUUCCGAGUAUGAUAAUUCGGACACGAACAACUUGAGUGAGGAGGAGUAG